AUGGGACACGUUCUCCUGGGGUACACGAAAGAGAGGGGGAGGAAAAAUGAACUGCACGACAAAGAAAGCGUGAAAAAAAAAUUUGUAUCGAAAAUUGGAGGGAGGCCAUUUUGGCUAGAUCGUGUAAACCUACAUUCGGAGAAAGAGUUCCACUGCUUUCUAUGUAGUAAGCUUAUGUGCUUUCUUUUGCAGAUCUAUGCGCCCAUAGACAAGUUCGAUCACUGCUUUCACAGAUGCCUGUACGUGUUCAUAUGUCUAUCCUGUGAAAACCAAGUGAAGUGUUUCCGAACGCACCUCCCCCGGAGCAACCCUUUCUAUGAGUACAACUUGGUUGGUGGGUCGGGCUCCGAGGGAAGUAGUCACUCCAGCGGGGGGGAGGAUGACGAAUACAAUGACGAAUACAAUGAUGAGGAUGAUCAUGAGGAGGAGGAGGAUGACCACGUUAUGGAUGAUGUUGGUGAGGAUAACGGGGAGAACCCCACCGAAGAGAACGCGGCGACAUGCACUCCCAGCGAGGACACCACAACGAGUGGAUUGAACGGACGAGAGAGCCAAAGGAACACUAACCAGAUAAACAGAGAUACGAAUUACCUGACCCUGUUCAUACAAAAAGAUAAGAACAAAUUUGAUGAAAAAAUAGAAUACCUCUUCUGCUGCGCCAUUUGUGGAAUACCUUGUGCAGACAAAAGGAGGAAGCACAAAGAAUGUCUGGAGAAGACACAUGUAAUAUUUAAGGAGAAAAAAAUUUAUAUCGAUGAUGAGGAGGAUUGUCUAAGUAGCAGUAGCGGGUCGUGGAGCUCCUGCGGAGAGGAGGAGCAGGGAGAACGAUCAGACAAGGAAUCAGAUAAGCAAUCAGACAAGCAAUCAGAUAAGCAAUCAGAUAAGCAAUCAGAUAAGCAAUCAGACAAGCAAUCAGAUAAGCAAUCAGAUAAGCAAGGGGAAGACCAUCCUGACGAUCAGCUAGACAAGAGCGAAAUGGACGCAUUUGAACAAAUACAAAAGGAAGUGUUGGCGAAGCGUAACAUCGACCGGGUAUUCCUUUCCUACUGCACCAAAUUAAGCAAAUUCCCCGAUCAACUUAUUCGUUAUUCGUACAAUGGACAAGUGCUGCUCUCAUCUAGCGUAACAACAAACUGCAAUGAGAACAAUAUAUUUGACGAUAACUUGCGCGCGACUUUCUCCAGUGGAAAGAAUCCGAAGAAGGUGUUGUUAUCUCCUGAUGGAGGAUACACAAACGGAAUUGUUCCACCACAGUGCCACGUGUGCAAGAGAAGAAGAGUUUUUGAGUUCCAGGUACUUUCCAACAUUAUAAAUUAUUUAGAAGUAAAAAAAAAUAUUAUCACAACGGAAGAUCCACUUUCAAGUUUGAAGUUCACAUACAUCUCUGUGUACACCUGUGAAAAGAACUGCGAUACCUAUGACAUUCACAGCUUGCAGGAUCGCCAAGGCUUUGUGGAAACUAGCAGAUACAUCCAGGAGUACGCCUCAGUGCAGGCAGAGUAG